AUGACUACAGACCCACAAUACCAGACCCACAAUACCCAGACUGUACCAAACCCACAAUGCAUCAACAAUACAUCAGACCCACAAUGCCAGACCCACAAUGCACCAGACCACAAUGCAUCAGACCCACAAUGCACCAGACCCACAAUGCACCAACCACGCAUCAGACCCACAAUGCACCAGACCCACAAUGCACCAGACCCUGAUACCCAGACCCACAAUGCACCAGACCCCAAUGCCAGACCCACAAUACCAGACCCACAAUGCACCAGACACAAUGCACCAGACCCACAAUGCACCAGACCACAAAGCACCAGACCCACAAUGCACCAGACCCACAAUGCCAGACCCACAAUCACCAGACCCGAUACCCAGACCCACAAUGCACCAGACCCACAAUGCACCAGACCCUACCAACCCACAAUGCACCAGACCCACAAUGCCAGACCCACAAUGCAGACCCACAAUACCAGCCCACAAUGCACCAGACCCACAAUGCACCAGACCCCAAUGCACCAGACCCACAAUGCACCAGACCCCAAUGCACCAGACCCACAAUGCCAGACCCACAAUGCACCAGACCCACAAUGCACCAAACCCACAAUGCUACACCCACAAUGCACCAGACCCACAAUACCAGACACAAUGCACCAGACCCACAAUACUGGACCCACAAUGCACCAACCACAAUGCACCAGACCACAAUGCACCAGACCCUGA